AUGGCUCUGAGAAUUCAACACAUUCCCAUGUUCUUCACCGUCUCACCCAUCACCAACACCAAACUCAAAACUCGAAUCUCAUGCUCCAACAAAAACAACAACGACGCUUCUCUGGCCUCAGAGUUUGCAGAGAAAGUAUCAAUUAUCAACGCACGUGCGGUCCAAGCAGAGCAAGUCAUGACAAAGAGCAGAAAUAUUCUCUUCAAAGAAUUCUGCCACUAUCUUCACCUCAAUGAACAAGAAGCUAAACAAAAAUGGAACAAAAUUGAUGAAGAUGAGAAGUGGGUUUUGAUUAAUGGCUUUGUUCAAGAAUUGAGUCAAUUUUUUCAACCUUUGUCUGCAAAAUAUACCAAAGAAUUGGUCGAAGAAUAUUUGCUCAAACAGAAUCUUCCUCCUAAAUCUACUCCUCCUCCUUCUUCUCCUUUGUUUCCCUUUGAUAGUAUUAUUGGUUUUCCAUAG